GUCAGUUCGCGAUCAAAUGAGAAGAAUCCGAUAUGGAUUGGUGUUGGGUGUCAUAUCCACAGUACUAGUGUCUGUUCCAAAUUUGAAAUCUCUAUUUCUUGACCAGCUCCGAUUUGCAGGAAUGGACGAAUGGGUUUCGCAAAUGUUCAACUGGGCCAGUAUUAUUAAUUCGUCUAUCAACAUAAUUGUCUAUAUUUGGCUAAACAAAGAGUUCCGUCAUCAAUUUGGCCGCGCAUUCAAUAUUCGUUGCUUGGAGCAGAGUUCGCCUGUCACUCUCAUCGCACCGACCAUAGCACCAACAAAAAUCGCUUUAAGAACAUUUGAUUAG